GAGGAGAGAAAAAAAAGAGGAAAGAAGGAGAAGACGGCACUUUGGGAAAAUUUGUCGGCCUAGUCGGUUGAAAGAAGUCCAUUGAAUCUUCCUUGUCCGUAUCGCUGCCGGGGCUGAACUAUUUCGCUGCCGUUUCACCUGGUUGGAGAUUCCAACUUUUGCAGCCCGCUGCCGUCAAGUCCAACACCCUUCGCUUCGAAUUCCACUUUUACUUGUCACCAUGAGCACCGAGGCCGAGACCACAUCAGCCGCCGGCACCGUGGCCACCCCCGCCAAGGUGGCGACCCCCGUCAAGGAGUCCCCCGUCAAAGAGGGUGGCUCGGCACCCUCCACGCCCAGCAAGGAGACCGACGAGGCGCGCAUCCAGCUGACGCAGGGCCGCCGCCACCUGCUCGUCAAGGACUACUUCUCCGCCGUGGCCGCCCUGGCCAAGGGCUGCGAGCUGUUGGCGCAGAAGUUCGGCGACACCGCGCCGGAGUUGGGCGACGCCUACCUGACCUACGGCCGCGCGCUGCUGGAGCUGGCCCGCUCCGAAAGCGGCGUCCUGGGCAUGAACGAGGAGGGCGAGACCCCUGAAGACGACGAGGACGACGGGGAGGGCGAGGAGGGAGAAGACGAAGAGGGUGAGGGGGAAGAGAAGGAGAACGGCGAGGCCGCCGACGCCGAAGAGAACGGCGCCGAGGCCAAGGAGAACGGCAAGGACACCGAGGCCAAAGCCAACGGCGCCGAGGCCAAGGAGAACGGCAACGGCACCGAGGCCAAGGAGAACGGCGCCGAGGCCGAGAAUGGCGCGGACGCCGAAGCCACCAACGGCAAAGAGACCAAUGGCGCUGCUGACCCGGACCAGACUCUCAAGGAGGAAGAGGAGGAAGACGACGUUAACAACCUGCAGCUGUCCUGGGAAAUCUUGGAGCUGGCCAAGGGCAUUUUCCAGAAGCAGAUCGAAGACGAGAAGGAGUCGAAGCAGACGUGCCUGAAGCUCGCCGAGGUGCACCUCAAGCUGGGAGAGGUUGGCGUCGAGUCCGAGAACUACACCACGGCCGUGGAGGACAUGAAGGCGUGUCUGGAGAUCCAGCGGAAGUACCUGGACGAGGACGACCGGCGCAUCGCGGAGACUCUGUACAACAUGGGCAUGGCCUACUCGCUGGCCAACGAGUUCGACGCGGCCAUCGAGCAGUUCAAGUCCGCCAGCGUGCAGAUCGAGCGGCGCAUCGAGAACCUGGAGAAGAAGAAGGGCGACCCCGUCCCCGAGGAGAAGAGCGCCACGGAGGACGCCUUCUACACGGUGCAGGGCGAGAUCGACGAGCUCAAGGCGCUGCUGCCCGAGAUCAAGGACAAGGUCUCCGACAUGCAGGACUUCAAGAAGGAGACCGUGCGCCGCAUGAUGGAAGGGCUGGCCGAGGCCAGCGCCAAGCAGAGCUCGACGGCGGACGGAGCGGGACCCUCGUCGGCGUCGGCCUCGGACAAGCCCGUGUCCAGCGUGGCCCACCUCGUCAAGAGGAAGCCGAAGGAAGAAGUGAAGGAGGAGGCCGACAAGACUGAGAAGAUGGACACCUCACCCGCUAAGGCCUCUGAAGAAAAGACUGAGAAGGUGGAAUCUUCAUCUGUCGAGAGCACCGAACUGAAGGCGGAGAAAGUAGAAGCUGUGGCUGCUGAGAGCACCGAAGAGAAGAAGGCAGAUGACGAGGUGUCUGACAGGAAGAGAAAGCCAGAAGACUCUGUAGAAAUUGAAGACCCAUCGAAGAAAGCGAAAGUAGAAGAGUCUGCUGAGAGCAAACCGUCAGAGUAAGAAGUAGCCCUAGUAAUUUUAAUCGCUUUUACACUAAUGUUAAAGACUGAUUUGAAAACAGAAGCAUAUAUCACUAUGUUUCAAAUCUUUAAUUUUAAUGUGCAGUAAUCUUAAUUGUUAGUUCCCAGUUUUUCUCAUGGCAUCAUCGUUUUAUUUAGUUUUUAUUGUGAUCUCUUUAGUGUGAUUGUGAUAUUUUCUGUACUUUUGUAAUAAUGUGUGUGUGCUUCGGUUAAUUAUUAAAGAAGUAAUCAGUAUUU